UAGCAAUCUUGCCAGCAUUAAAAAGCUGCUCACAAAGAGCAAAUCUUGCCCUCGGGUAUGUUAUAUGAAAAGAAAAGAAUUAACUAGUUGAGGUUUCAGCUCCAGAACGUCCACGACUAUGUUUAUUAUCUGACAGCAAACAACCCCUGUUUUACUGGAAUUUCGUCACAAACUUGAAGAACAAAUCCUGGUCUUACCUGGGAAACCAGGGAUUAAUCAUGACCUCCAUGCUGGGAACAGCCCUGCUGGGCUUGGCCCUGUUGGCAGGGCCCACUGUAGCCUUUUUACCCAUCGGGGGUGGGACGUCGACUCAUGUCAGCAUUACAGGAACAGCUCUAUUGCAAAAAGUGACAGAGACAUGUCGGGCAGUGGCUGAGGCAGCUGGUCAUGAGUUCAACCCCAUGGGUUCUUCUCCUGAGGAGCUGGUUCAGGCCUGUCUAGGACCCACAGCAACAGGAGAGGUGUCAGGUGCCAAUUUUCACUCUGCUCUUCAAGAAAUAUACACCCAGAAUGGAUUGUUAGACCGUGACUUUUCCAACAGUGCUCCGUACCACUUCAACUCAGAGACCUUCCUGGAGGGACGUUGGCUAAUUACGGAGGGCAUGGUGGCCAUUAAGGCCAACAUUCGCGGAGAGAACUUCCGGGUGGCCAGAGAAACACUGGGCAGAGUCCUUCAUACACUGCAGGACUUCUACAGCCACAGUAACUGGGUGGAGCUGGGACACACUGAGCCAUACAACAACCUCAUACGCCUAGAUCUGCCACUGGAGAACCUGGCAGAUGUCAACACUGCCACCUGCAGUGACUGUGCAAGUGGAAUAUGCCCCAAUCCCAUCCUCCCAAACAUCCUUCAAGAGAAGAAACUUACAUCAGGCUACAUGGGAAUCAUUUCUUCUGCCAAGCCUAAAGGUAAAUGUAGCCAUGGCGGUGCAGCUGACCUGACUGUCACAACAGUUCCUCGUGGUGGUAUCAACAAAGAUGAGCGUCGCCCUGACAACAUGGCCCUCCACAAUGCUGCUGUGAAUGCAGCCACAGCUGCAAGCCUUCAGCUACUGGAGGACAUCCGGUUAGCUGCUGGGGACAGUGACUUUCUGAGAAUGAUGGGGAUUGCUCGCUCAUCUGUCCUGUGCUUUGUUAUUGACACAACUGGCAGUAUGUCUGACGACAUCAAUGAAGCCAGGGCAGUUGUUAACAAAAUCAUUGACACCAAAAAAGGAACACAGGAUGAGCCUUCUGAGUACAUCCUGGUGCCCUUCAAUGACCCCAGUUUUGGACCUAUGAUCAGGACAACAGACCCAGAAAAGAUGAAAAAAGAAAUCUCUAAACUUAAAGCAAAAGGAGGGGGUGAUACCCCUGAGAUGUGUCUGUCAGGACUUCAGCUGGCUCUCACUGGUGCCCCAGCCUCCUCCCAUAUCUAUGUUUUCACUGAUGCUCCAGCCAAAGACAUCGCCCUCAAGGACACGAUUCUUGCUCUCAUCAGCAGCACCAAGUCAACGGUGUUAUUCUUUCUUACUGAGGCCGGGAGGAGGAGACGCCGUUCCGUCAGAGCUGCUUCCUUUGAAGACUACAAGGACCUGGCUCUGGCCUCUGGAGGCCAGGCCAUCCAGGUGUCCAAGAGACAGCUGCCUGAGGCCACAGAUAUCAUCCUCGACACCUCUACUUCAGCUCUGGUGACCGUCCUUCAGCAAGCAGGAAACCCUGGGAAGGAAGAGACUUUCUCCUUCGUGUUGGACGAAUCUCUUCAUAACGUCACUAUAUACGUCACAGGACCAUCCAUUACUUUUACACUGACCAACCCUGCAGGUGUGAGCCAGACCAACACUGAAGCCAAUGGUAAACUAGGGACCAUUAAGACUGUGGGCAACCUGAGGAGAAUGUAUCUCAAUGCUGACAAGCAGACAGGAACCUGGCAGAUCAACAUCAAAUCCAACGAACCAUACACUCUCAAAGUCACAGGCCAGAGUACGAUUACGUUUAUCUAUAACUUUGUGGAACGAUUCGAGGGACCUCACCCCGGUUAUGCAGUACUUAGUGGGCAUCCGCAUACAGGCCAGCCAGUCACCAUGAUGCUUUCAGUAAUCGGAAGGAAAGGUCCGUCCUCAGUGACUGUUGGAAAAGUCAGCCUUGUAUCCGUGUCUGGUCCUGAUGCUAUGAGCAACAGCACAAUGACUGACAUGGGCAACGGAGACAUCCUGGUGACUGCUGAUGUGGUCCCUAAGGGGGAGUUUUUGGUCAUUCUGGAAGGAACAGACAAAGUGUCAAACAGUGAAUUUCAGAGGCAGUCUACAACCCAGAUGUCCGUCUCCAAAGUGAACUUCCAGGUUGAAGUGGACAACCGUGUGGAGCCAGGAAGAGCCUUCAGGUUCCCCUUCAGUGUAAUGACCCAGGGUUCUGGUGGUCAGUACUUCAUCAGCGCCAGAAAUGACAGAAACUUCCCCAUGUCCUACCCAACCAGCCUCACCUUGACAACUGGACAAUACACAAAUGCUACGUUGACUAUUACAUCACCUGCCGAUACACCAUCAGGCACUGACGUCACUCUGACUUUGGAAGCCAAAUCCUCCAAUGGUGUCGACACCAAUUACGUCAUUCUGAGAAUGUCUGUUGUUACCAAGAUUACAGAUUUUGUUCAGCCUUUGUGUGAAGUGGUCAGUGUGCUGGCUGAUGAUUGCCCCAAAGAUGUGUCUCAGUGUGGACCUUUCCAGUGGGAGCUCUCAGCCAACCUUACUGACGGAAACGGCACAGGGAUAGAGAGCAUCUCCCUGCGACAGGGUAAUGGAACCCUGUCACACACCUCCCUGAGUGCUCCCAUCAUCCAGGCGAACUACAACGCUUCCUGCUGCUCACAGAUUGUUGAGUUUGUGGCUUUAGAUAAAGUUGGCAAUGUGGGAAAAUGCUAUCACUCAAUUGUUCGUUCAGGUGGCCCUCCUGCCUUAAUCUUGUCGCUACCACUAUGGUUGUGCCUGCUGCUGUCUGCCUUUCUAGAGAGGCCCUGAAGGGCAUAGGUUAGGUUGCUCAUGUCUGUACGUUGCAUCAGGUAUUGGAUACAUUGUUUAUAAUUCUAAAUGAUUUAAAACAAUAUUCCUCUGCUACGGAGUGAAACUUUUUACUGGUGAUGGUCAUGUUAUGGUCAUCUAUCCUGCUUAAAUAAAAUGCACUGAUUAAGGACGAUGGAUGAUGAAUGUAUGCAUAAGUUGUCUGAAAUAAAAUGCUUUCAAUAAAAAAAAAACCCUUCAG